CCCAAAACUUCUUGCGCGAACCACAACAUUUAGACUACGUUUUAUUUAGGAAAGGCUUAUUCUCUUUUUCUUUUGUUUUUGUUGUCAGUUGUGUAGAUACUUUUAAGUGUUUUAUGGUGUUUAUUGUUUAUGUCAUUAUUUUAGUCUCUUGUGUGUUUAUGUGACCAACGCUGAUUUGCAAUUCUUAUUUGUUGGCUAUAUUAGUUAUUGCAACCACAGUUGCAAGAAUUAACCACAAAUGUAUCCCCCAAACAAUUUACAGCGCAGAAUCUUGCUGUUAUUAUUAUUAUUUUUUUUACAUGUAGGCUAACCCUUAAACACAAGCAAAGCAUCACGUUCAAUAUAUCGCAACUACUUUAAUCGACCUCCAGUGUAAAACGGGCUUUUUAUCUCGGACAAGAGCAGUUACGCCCAGUGCCACAGAUCGCCGGGCGUGCAAGGGGUCCUCUGUUUCACACUGCGGUGCAGCAUCCGGAGGACCGGCAGGAUGAGCACAGCUCCUCUCAACACGGCUCCAUGCGCCUACUGGAUGACUGUUAACGCGCAGUGAUCGACUCACGGUUUGCCCUUCCGUCAGCUGUCCGAAAUGAAACUUCUGGUUUAACACGGAUGCUGCAUAUUUUUAAUUAUGCACAACUGUUAUGUUUGUAUUGGAUAGGAAUCGUCAUAGUAUCUUUCAAAGGGACGCUAUGAAUGUGAGGUGUAGCGGCUUUCUGAAGGAGAAGAGCAUCCUCUCCGUCACCGGUGAGCGGGAUCGGGCGUGUAACGGAGCAUCUUUUUUCUCAGCUGGACUCCUGUUGCAGAACACUGUAUGUGUACAUAUCAUGCUCUUGAGCUCAAAGUAAUGAAUUGGAUAUUUUUAUAAGGAAACACAAAGCCAGAGAGACUCGACGCGUCAAAAAGAAAAAAAAAAGUAGGUGUCAUGUCAUCCUGAGUCUGGGUGCAGAUAUAUUAGUAUCCAGUAUAAACACACUAGCUUGUGGUUUGCAUGCUUGUGAUGUAAUUGACAGGGCAUGUAUUCUAAACAUAAAAUAACAAGGUAUAACGCACCGGUGAUGAAUGUGAAAGGUUACAUUUUCAUCUUCAAUCUCUAUUCUGUAUUUAUGAAAAUAUUGUUGCCUCAUAAGUGCCCAUUGUGUAUUCUGUCUAAUAUCUGUGCUGGGAAGUGGAGUAAGUGAAGGGAUACUAUGACCUUUCUCUGACAGAUCAUAGAGCAGCCAGACUGGGUUUUAAAGGGUUUUCAUUACUGGUUCUAAACCCUCAAUGUUGCAGUUUUUUGUAUAUUUUUCUCAUUUAACACAACUGCUUGAUAUCAUCAGCUCAUUAUUAGCAGAGGCUCUGAUACCUACAUUGGGUGUGUCAGAUGAGGGAGACAUUACAAAUGUGUCCUUGAGGUAUAUUAGAACUAGGAUGGAAAUCCACUGCUCAGAAAACAUAGCCUUUCUUAGACUGAUCAGAAAAGACAAGUGUUUCAUUACCUGUGGUCAAGAGAGCAGUAUAAUUUAUCUUAAUCAGUAACAUGCCUCAAUCUUGUAGUUCUAUAUCCCUUUAUAGAAAUGUAUAAAUCCCAACCUGGUCAUACCGUUGUCUGGUUUAAGAGGUGCUUUGGGUACUUGAGCAGUUUGGCCAAAGUAGGAGACCAUCUUAAACCAGUUAAGACCAGCAGUCUAGCUUAAAUAUUUGUAAAUACAGUUUUCAGGACAGCUGUCUUGAAGAUGAAUCACUUGAAUAUGAAUGGGGCCACUGAGGAUUAAGUGCAGGUCCAUCAAUCAAAAUGAUCACCCAGUAUGAUUGAUUCAAUGAAUUUUUGGUCCACUAUAUUGGUGUACUGUUGUGCCUUGAAUCAUAAUGGACAAUAAACUGAGAAAUACUUAAUGGAAUAUACCAUACUGACAUACAAGCGCUUUAACCUUAUAAAUGGCUAGCUGGCAACAGUGAAAACAUUGUUUUUUUAGAAAGGCAGGGUUCUAUCAAGCACAGCACCCGAACUGGUUUAGAAGCUUCUGCAGCCUAAGUGCAUUCUCAUUGACGUGAAAUACAAUAACUUUUAUGACAGCAUUGCUGUCAGUGCUGUUAGUACCUCUGUUGCUCGGUGCAAUGUUUUCCAGUAUCUGACAUAUUGUACUCAGGAAAGCUUUGCAUUCCAGUUGAAAUGUUGAGAGCUUCCCCCAGAAAAGUGAAAAAAGUUUUCCAUCAAAGCUUCAAACCCUGGCAUCAAAUUUCAUAGGCUUCAAGAGUAAUUACUCCACCACUAUCUGAAACUGUCUCCAAGUGCAUAACUAUUAUGUCUGAGCAGAUGCUUUCUCUGUCACUGAUUGUACGCUCAAAAUAACAUCUUUCUAGAUGGUCUGGGGGUAAUAUUGUUAGUGUCCUUAUGCCAUUCAACUGGCCUAAUUUAAAACGCUUCAUUAAAACAGAAUGUAAUGUGGUGAGAAGAAUGAGUGAAUGUUCAUACAGAAUGAUGACCACCCUGAAUGUUUCCAUUCAAGAGGCAGAAUAAUUUAGCUACCUUUCUUUUCCUCCUUUUCUCUGAGCUCCAGCUCAACCUUACAUGUGUAUCACAAACUCAAAGCGGGAAAUUACACACCACUCAUCAAAUAUAUAUUCUCCCCUGCAAGUAUAUGUGUGAACAGAUUGCAUUUUAGGCUCUUGGUAUGGCUGCGAAGUCCUUAGAGCCGGGGUCUGUUUCCAUUCCCAUGGAGGAGACCAAGCACGCGGGAGGAGCUCCUCCAGAUGCUGCCAUGCUGACCCACCUGAAGAAGGUGGAGAACCAUAUCACAGAGGCACAGAGGUUUUCUCACCUGCCUCAACGUUCAGCAGUGGACUUGGAGUUUACAGAGCUCUCCUACACCAUCUGUGAGGGCCCCUGUUGGAGGAGGAGAGGAUUUAAGGCCCUCCUGAAAUGUCUUUCUGGAAAAUUCUGCAGUCGGGAGCUCAUCGGAAUCAUGGGACCCUCGGGGGCCGGCAAGUCCACUCUCAUGAACAUUCUUGCCGGCUACAGAGAGACAGGCAUGAAAGGUCAAAUCCUGGUAAACGGGCGACCCCGUGACCUCCGCACCUUCAGAAAAAUGUCGUGUUACAUCAUGCAAGAUGACAUGCUACUGCCACAUCUAACUACACGAGAGGCAAUGAUGGUUUCAGCUAACCUUAAACUUAACGAAACCAUGGAAGUGAAAAAAGAACUGGUGAAUGAGAUCCUCACAGCAUUAGGACUGCAGGAGUGCGCUCACACUCGCACCAUUUCUCUGUCUGGUGGCCAGUGUAAACGGUUGGCUAUUGCUCAGGAGCUGGUCAAUAACCCACCUGUCAUGUUUUUUGAUGAACCCACCAGUGGCCUAGACAGUGCAUCCUGUUUCCAGGUAGUGUCCUUAAUGAAAUCUCUGGCUCAAGGAGGUAGAACCAUCAUCUGUACCAUCCACCAGCCAAGUGCUAAACUAUUUGAAAUGUUUGACAAGCUUUAUAUCCUGAGUCAAGGUCAGUGUAUAUAUAAAGGAACAGUACCGUACCUUAUUCCCUACCUGAAAAACCUUGGACUCCACUGUCCUACGUACCACAAUCCUGCAGACUUUAUAAUCGAGGUCGCCUCAGGAGAGUAUGGUGAUCUUAACCCGGUGCUCUUUGAGGCCGUUCAGGGAGGCCUAUGUUCAGGAGGAAGCAAGAAGAAUUCCAGUGACAAGAAUGACGCCACCACAUCAUGUCCCUCCCAGUGUUAUAAUGAUUCAGGCUACAUUGAGAAACACACUUUUGCCACCAGUACUCUCACACAGUUCUGCAUCCUCUUCAAGAGAACCUUCAUCACUAUAUGCAGGGACAUGGUAUUAACCCACCUAAGGGUGAUGUCACACCUGUGUAUUGGUGUGCUGAUUGGUCUGCUGUACCUAAACAUUGGGAAUGAUGCCAGUAAAGUGUUCAACAACACUGGCUUCCUGUUCUUCUCCAUGCUGUUUCUCAUGUUUGCUGCACUCAUGCCCACCAUCCUGACAUUUCCACUGGAGAUGUCUGUGUUUAUAAGGGAGCAUCUUAAUUAUUGGUACAGUCUAAAGGCAUAUUACCUGGCCAAGACCAUGGCUGACAUUCCAUUCCAGGUAAUUUGUCCGAUAAUGUACUGCAGUAUAGUGUACUGGAUGACAGAGCAGCCUCCAGAGGCAGGCAGAUAUGUGCUCUUUAUGGCCCUGUCCACCUCCACUGCCCUAGUGGCUCAGUCUCUGGGGCUUCUCAUUGGAGCUGCAUCCACCUCCCUACAGGUUGCCACAUUCGUAGGUCCGGUCUCUGCCAUCCCAGUCCUUCUGUUCUCUGGCUUCUUUGUCAACUUUGACACUAUCCCCAAAUACCUUCAAUGGAGCUCCUAUGUGUCAUAUGUCAGGUAUGGUUUUGAGGGUGUGAUCCUCUCCAUCUAUGGCAUGAACCGCUCAGAGCUGGACUGUCCUGGCUUGGUGUGCAAGUUCCAGAAACCGGAGGAGGUGCUGCAGCUCCUGGAUGUGGAGGAUGCUAAGCUCUAUGUGGAUUUUAUUGUUCUGGGGGUCUUCUUCUUAAUUCUGAGACUUGCCACUUACCUAGUUCUGCGUUAUAAAGUCAAGUCAGAACGUUAGGGCCAAACUCAUCAUAAGAUAUGCAUUUAAUUUCACAUUAUAAACUCUCAUAAAUGCACAUAAUGAUCUUUUUGCAAUGGACACAGAAGCCAAUGCACAUUGAUUACAGGGCCAUUGUUUGGCCAUGCAAAAUUUAUCCUCAGUUUUUGUUACUUGAAAUAUAUUUUUAAUUUUCUAAGUAAAUAAUAGUAAAUUAAAAUAAAUUUUUUUAUUUUAUUUCAUCAAAAUUUUUGAAUGUAUUCCAUGCAGUAACAUUGUAAAUGCAUUUUACCCAUUACUGAACUUUGAAGCAUGAGUCUCUAUUGACAGGACUGGAUGUAUUUGUAAUGACAAUCCCAUGACAGCUCCCAAUAGCAUGUGGAUUAGCCAACAGCCAACAUGCGAGUGUCUUUAUACCAUAUUAAAGGAUCAUCACAUUGUC